UUUGUCUUUUCUUUUGCUCGACCUUCAACAUAGCUGGCCUUUGGGAUAUGAAGGGAGAUAUUUAACUUCUACAAAAAAUGUCUUCAUUCGCUGGCGAUUGUGAAAACCCAGGUCAUCCGGGUGAUAUUUCCCAGAAAGAGGCUGAUGCGGGCAUUCUUCCUUCUCAUGGCAUUUCUCUCGAUAUACCCGGUGAAUUAGUUGAUGGUCGCCCACCUUUGGUACAAUACCUUUCCACCCCCGCAUAUCAAAGUCCUCUUCGACAUCACCGUCGCAGUGCCUCUGCACACCGGCAGGUAAAGGAAACGCUUGAUGCAAGAUCCGAAUACAUGAAUAAUGAAGAAGAUGGGAGAGCCGAACAUCAUAUUAAUCAGUAUAUUAUCAAAGAUGAAAUUGGCAGGGGCUCUUUUGGGGCUGUUCAUCUAGCGGUGGAUCAGUACGGAACGGAAUUUGCAGUCAAAGAGUUCUCCAAAUCAAGGUUACGGAAAAGAGCACAAUCGAAUAUCCUUCGAAGGCCACAUUAUGUCAGACGACCCGGACAUUUCGCAGCAGGGAGCGGUUUCAAUUCCCCUCUUCAUCGCCAUUCGGCAUCCGACAUCCAUAUCAAUGAGCAACGGGGAAAUCCUUUGUAUCUCAUUAAAGAGGAGAUCGCUAUCAUGAAAAAAUUGAACCAUCCCAAUGUCGUUAGUUUGAUAGAAGUCUUGGAUGAUCCUGAGGAAGACUCUCUUUAUAUGGUUUUGGAAAUGUGUAAGAAAGGCGUUGUCAUGAAGGUUGGGCUUGGAGAGAAAGCAGAUCCAUAUGACGUUGAAAGUUGCAGAUGCUGGUUUAGAGAUCUAAUACUUGGCAUUGAAUAUCUUCAUGCUCAAGGCGUUGUGCACCGAGACAUCAAGCCGGAUAAUCUACUUUUGACCGAAGACGACGUGCUGAAAGUUGUGGAUUUUGGAGUUUCUGAAAUGUUUGAAAAAGCUUCAGAUAUGAUGACAGCCAAAUCUACAGGGUCUCCGGCAUUUUUACCUCCAGAAUUGUGCUUAACGAAGCAUGGCGAUGUUUCCGGAAGGGCAGCUGACAUAUGGUCCAUGGGAAUCUCAUUGUAUUGUCUGCGCUUCGGUCACAUACCUUUCGAACGGACCGGAGUACUUGAAUUGUAUGAGGCGAUCAAGAAUGAUGAGGUUGACUAUGAGCCGAGUACCGACCCUCAAUUUGUCGAUUUAAUGAGAAGAAUUCUUGAAAAAGAUCCGAAAAAAAGAAUUACUAUGGAUGAAAUUCGCGAACAUCCCUGGGUGACUAAUAAUGGAACUGACCCAUUACUACCAAAGGAAGAGAAUAUUGCCAAUCUAGUUGAGCCGCCGAGUGAAAUCGAGGUCAAUCAUGCAAUAACUGCUAAAAUGAGGGGUCUUCUCGCGGUCAUGAAGGCUGUGAAGAAGUUCAAGUCUAAAAUGGAGCAGAGGAGACCUAAUGCUAUCUCUGAGACAUUAGGGAAAGGUAUUCGUGUUCUACACCCAUCUAUGGGGAUGACCGAGCAAAAAGAAUCCGCGCUCCAUAGGUCCAAAAGCUCGGAUCUCGAGGACAGACGUCUAGUUGAAGCAGCACUCGCCGCUGAAGGUGUACACCAUGAUGGAACAUAUCCAUCGGCUGAUGGUCCUAGGACUAUGGCGAGCCGAAUGGACUCUUCUAGUACAAUUGUAGUGGAUGAGGAGCCUAUAGUCAAGAAAGUUAAAUCACGUAGUAUCGCGAAGACCGAUUCAUCUAAUUCGAUAGAAAAACGCCCAGAGUUUCGAGAACAGCAAUCUGGUGACAAGGGACACGCUCAUGAUCCUUUGGACGAACAGCCUCUGUACCUAGGAAUUGGUGCCGGGGUUGGGGAAGACGGCGAUCCUCUAAAUGAACCCGUACAAGAAUUGAUAGCUGAAUCCCCUACAGCAGCCGAUUUCAAUAUAUACGAUACUGCCUACCAACAAGAGGUCGAUCGAAUUCGUGCUGUCCAAGGGCAAGCCGCGACUGUCUAUCUGACGCGAAGAGUAGAUCACAAAAAGGAAUAUAAAGCUGAUCGUCACAUGAAAAAUCUCCCAAAUCAUACGGAGAUGAAGGGUAGAAUUCAAGAAGGAUGGAAGGGGCUUGUAGAUCGCGCCCAGGAAUGUAGAGAUGAACGUUCUCUUCAUGAGAAACUCACAGAAGGCCACCAGGCUUUCUCCGAGUUGGUAUCUAAGGCGGUGGAGAAUACGAGGAAUAUUGGAAGAGAUAUCAGUGAGAGAGAAGGGGCUACGUCUGAGAAGUAGUGCACGGGGCCAUGUGGAAACUAAAGGAAAAGAUCGAGGAAGGGAAAAUAUCAUGACAUAGAUGGUCAAGUGAAGUUAUUAAUCUAGCAGGCGUUCAACGUAUGUUGGUAGUGAGUUGUCAGAUGGGUUGAUACGAUUCUUGAAUACCAUAAUUUUGCAAUACAGGAUAAUUGUUUUUAUUAUAGCUACGUCGAGAAGCUAUGAGUAUUGGAUUUACAAGGUUCCUCUAGAUGUUGUCAAAUGUGCCUAUUUUCUGUUUAUCGAAUAUUCUACUAUGUAUACUACGCAAAUUUCAACAGUUCAAUUCCAGCAUCGCCGCCUCUGCCUCCUGGUCAGUUUCUCACUACGUCCAUCCUGCCAGUCCGCGCUUAUACCCAAUUUUACCCGAAGCGAAUCGGGGCCUAGAAUCGGGGGAGAAGUGCCCUUGUGUUGCUAGCUAAUCUGGACGUUGUUAUUGUAUGACUUUAGGUAUCUCAAGGAUGUCGUCUAAUAAGCGUUUUCAGAACUAAACGGGUAUUAUUUUGUCGCGUCUACUAGUAUAUUUGAAGUCUCACUGCCCAUACUUGGAAAUUUUUCCAAAUCCUCAAUUUAGUUGGGUAAUUCGGAUACUGAUUUCUCCUUCUUCAUUACUAUUGAGACUAUUGCUUUCUCAAAACAGAUGCAACACAUGCAGAUCUCCCCAGAGAUGCGGAUUGUUCAGAUGCCAGUCGUAAACCCUGGAUGUCAUUUCCAUUCUUAUUGCGCAAAAGGCCAGCAGCUUAGCUCUGUGAAAACACGACCUGGGCCCUUUUUAGCUACUUCCUUGCCAGGAGACUGCAAAAUAUGUAGUGCUGAGCUCCGGGACUCCUUCAGAAUCCCCCCCUCGUCCUUGAUGAUACAUUCAGGGAAUGAAUGCCGCAACAUAAUUGCAUUUCCCUCCAAUACUGCCCAUCUCUGAAACUUUGCGUUCAAUACCCCUAUUCUUUGACCAAUAUCACUCUAAAUGUUCCCUUUCCCUCCUGACCAAUCCAAAUGCCCUGAACGCCAAAUGCCAAAUACUGGUAUCAUCAAAGUAUACAAAGCAAAUGAUGCCCGCCAAAUUCUUUUACUCCUCCUCUGUCAUCUCACAUAUGAUAUCUCCUCAAAUCUUCCCACAACGAUUCUAGAAAGGUGUUGGUUCUCUGGCCAUCAUUACCUAAAUAGUACGCAUCACUCCCUUGGAUGAAGCCAACGCUGCUCUCGAAUUUCUGCAUUCCACCCCAAAAAGCAAAUGUAAUGAGUACAUCCACAAACAAGCUGUAAGAAGGCCGCCCGCCUAAUCACUCGAAGCACAACCCCUGCAUCCGCAACUAACGCAUUGAAUCUCUUGGUCCUCCUUCAGAUCUGCCUUCGGGACCCGGCAUAUACAGGUAGAGUUAAAGUUUGUCUCUUUCGUUUGGACGCAUUUAAGAAAACGUACCUUCUCGUAGCCCUCCUUCUUCCAUUUUGCCACGAGCGUCGCAUCACAUUGACCGUUCUUCACACACCAGUCAUAUAGUUCCUUGCUGAUCUUCUCUUCGCAGUACAUAUCCCAAACGUAUCUACUUCGCUGAUGAUUUAUCUGUGUGAUUUCCCAAGUGGCUUGAUGACGGGGACCGGUGGAUGGUGGGGCUGCAAUGGCAUCUUUCAUUUUGUUGCUGUACACGAGGAGAGAAUCUUCAAUAUCGCUGUAGCCAUUUGGGGGAGCUUUGCGCUUGGAGGAGUGGCGGAUGGCAGGCAUGGUUACGGUGUUUAUGUUGUAAUUGUGGUAGUUAUGAGAUUGGCAACAAUUAUGGUGAGUUCUCGUGAAGUGUUGUGGUGUAUCCGGGUAUAGAAAGUGAGGUCGUAGUUGUGUGAGUGUCAAUAAGAUAAUAUGAUUCGUAGCGGGGUGAAGCAAGCAAGCAAGCUCUCAUUCAAAAAUUAAUUCGUCAGCCUCGAGCUCCUAGCUAAAAAUUAAGGUUUACCGCGUCCACGUGACAUAUUUUGAUCGGUUGCUUCUA